AGCACUAAAAUGAAUGAAAGUGAUAAAUUUCUGUUAAUUUGUUAAAUUGACAGUAAAAAGAAUAAAUUAUUUGUAAUAUAUAAGGGCAAAUCUCCGAAACUCUACAAACACACUCUCUACAAACUUGUGUUAUCUUACUACACUGGUUCCAUCUCUGUUGUUUAAUGGAAGUGAAAACUCAGUACUCUGUGUCGUCUAAUUUUGAUUACGACUCUCAUGAUCAUCAACUUUCAUGCAUACAAUAUUCGAAUACCUCUGUUUUUUCCGAUGGCCGGGGACCGGAAUGCGAGCGCUCUGUUUCAAAUGCUGCCAUGAAAGUCCAGAAGGUUUAUAGGAGUUACCGUACGCGACGCAUGUUAGCUGACUCUGCUGUGGUUGCUGAAGUUCUCUGGUGGCAAGCCAUAGAUUAUGCUCGAUUGAAUCACAGUACAGUAUCUUUCUUCAACUUCUUAAAACCAGAAACUGCAUCUUCCCGGUGGAAUCGCGUAAGCUUAAAUGCUUCCAAGGUCGGUAAAGGUUUGUCCAAAGAUGCCAAAGCUCAGAAAUUGGCAUUUCAACACUGGAUUGAGGCGAUUGAUCCACGCCAUCGAUAUGGGCAUAAUUUGCAUAUUUAUUAUGAAGAGUGGUGUAAAACUAACUCUGGUCAGCCCUUCUUCUUUUGGUUGGAUCUUGGAGAUGGCAAAAAGGUUGAUCUCGAUGAAUGUCCAAGAUCUAAGCUUCAGAAGCAAAGUAUCAAGUACCUUGGACCUCAAGAGAGAGAACAUUACGAAUUUAUUGUUGCCGAAGGAAAAAUUGUACAUGAUAAAACUGGAAAUCUUCUAGAUACAACUGAAGGGUUGCCAGGGGCAAAGUGGAUUUUCGUGAUGAGCACGUCAAGAAGACUCUAUGCUGGUGAAAAAAAGAAAGGAAUGUUUCAUCAUUCCAGCUUUCUUGCUGGUGGGGCUACUUUAGCUGCUGGAAGACUAGUGGUAAAGGAUGGACGAGUUAUGUCUAUUUCAGCAUAUAGUGGACAUUAUCGCCCAACGGAAGAUAGGCUUGACAGCUUUUUAUCAUUUCUUAAUGAAAAUGGGGUCAACCUGGAUGAAGUUGAGAUAAGAAAAUCAAAUGAAGACUAUGAAAGCUAUGAAGACGGAAAAUCUAACGGAAGUGCUUCUUCAUCUGAUAUUUCAGCUCUAUCAGAUUCUCCUUCUCAAGCUGAUCUUCCGAAGGAAGAGCAAAAAGUCCUUCCCUCAGUAUCAGCCCGAAAUCUGGUAGCUCAAACGAGUAGCUAUAACCGAUCCCUCUCAGGCGGUCUUCAGAUCCCAAUAGCAGAGGUGCAAAAUACUCCAGUACUACGAAGGAUUCAUUCCGAGAAGUCCACGAAGUCGUAUCAGCAUUCCCUGGUGUGGGCAACAGGUGCUGGACCAAGGAUUGGCUGUGUUGCUGACUUCCCUGCUGAGCUUAGAUGGCAGGCCCUGGAAUUUACUAACCUCUCACCUAGAACUUGUUCUGUAUGAUCAGCUCCCAUGCCGCUUCGUAGUCCUCUUGUUAACUUGUACAGUGGAGAGAGCCAAGGUGUCUAUUGGAGUGGUUACUUGCUAACGAGAUCGAGUUUGAGCGUUAUUUAUGACUUUAUGUACUAAUAUAUAUUUCUAUUUUGCAUCAAACACAUAAUUUUAUUUUCAAAAGUGGUCCCUUAUAUUUGAGGUUAGGUACCAAAUAGUCCCUGAAAUAUGCUCUAAACAAUUUUGGUCCUUCAAGUUUAUUAAAAGUGGACAUUUAUCUCCA